AACCCUCAUCGAAGUGUCUCCGCCACUCUGAGCGCGAAGCUUUUCACUCUCUCGAGCUUCUUCUACUUCUAGGGCAUUUCAAUUUUCCAUUUUCAUUCUGUAAAGCUAUUUCUUCGUGCUUCAAUGGCUUCCGUCGCUCUCAGAAACCCUAACUCCAAGCGCGUUCUUCCAUUUUCGUCCCAAAUUUACUCCUGCUGCCGAGGAUCGGCGGGCGCCCGGCUCUCCCUUUUCCCGUCGGUGCCCGCCGGUCUCUCCAUUUCCGAGUCGAUCUCUGGAAAUGAAAGAUCUUACUCUCCGAUUCCAUGGUGGCGAUCCAUGGCCACCUUCACCAGAACAAAACCUCACGUGAAUAUUGGAACAAUCGGACACGUUGAUCAUGGAAAGACUACGUUAACUGCCGCGAUUACAAAGGUACUAGCGGAAGAAGGUAAAGCUAAGGCCGUUGCCUUUGAUGAGAUUGACAAGGCUCCUGAGGAGAAAAAGAGAGGAAUUACGAUCUCAACGGCCCAUGUGGAGUAUGAGACUUCUAAGCGACACUAUGCACAUGUUGAUUGCCCUGGACACGCAGAUUAUGUCAAAAACAUGAUUACUGGGGCUGCCCAAAUGGAUGGGGGUAUCCUGGUUGUAUCUGGUCCUGAUGGGCCCAUGCCCCAGACUAAGGAACACAUUUUGCUGGCACGACAGGUUGGUGUGCCAUCACUUGUGUGCUUCUUGAAUAAAGUUGAUGCUGUUGAUGAUGAAGAAUUGUUGGAUCUUGUUGAAAUGGAAGUUCGUGAUCUUCUGAACUUCUACAAGUUCCCUGGGGAUGAGAUUCCUAUCAUCCGUGGUUCGGCAUUGGCAGCUUUACAGGGCACUAAUGAAGAGAUCGGCAAAAAAGCUAUUUUAAAAUUGAUGGACGCUGUUGAUAAAUACAUUCCUGACCCUGUACGCCAGCUUGACAAGCCUUUUCUAAUGCCAAUUGAAGAUGUUUUUUCAAUUCAGGGUCGUGGUACUGUAGCAACUGGUCGUGUUGAACAAGGGGUUGUUAAAGUUGGUGAGGAAGUUGAGAUUCUGGGGUUGAGGCAGGCUCCUCUCAAAACUACGGUCACCGGUGUUGAGAUGUUUAAGAAAAUCUUGGACCAAGGACAAGCCGGUGACAAUGUGGGUCUUCUUCUUCGAGGCUUAAAACGUGAAGAUGUGUUCCGAGGACAAGUAAUUGCCAAGCCAGCAACUUUGAAAGCAUCCAAGAAGUUUGAGGCGGAGAUAUAUGUGCUUACAAAGGAAGAAGGUGGUCGUCACACUGCAUUUUUCUCAAACUAUAUGCCUCAGUUUUAUAUGAGGACGGCAGAUAUCACUGGAAAAGUGGAAUUGCCUGAAAACGUUAAAAUGGUUAUGCCUGGGGACAAUGUGACUGCUAUUAUUGAGUUGAUUCAAUCUGUUCCUCUUGAAGCAGGACAAAGAUUUGCUUUGCGAGAGGGAGGUAGAACAGUUGGUGCGGGAGUAGUAUCAAAAGUACUGGGUUGAGCCAGCUCAUUAGCAAAAAGAAUUGGUGAAUUUUUUUUUUUUUUUUUUUUUUUUUUGGCUUAGAUUCAAUGCGGGUUGUUAGUUCUAGGUAUUAUCAAAAAACACAUUUAAGGAGGAAUGGUUGGGCGUGAUUAUUUCACAUGGUCUUGACUAGUUUUCAUUUAUUUUCUUUUCGGUUCUUUUGCUCUUAAAUAAUGUUGUUGUUAACCAGUAUCUGCAUUAUACAUUCAAA